AGAUGCAAAUAUAGUAGAUUCUUCUUCGAAAAAGCGAUGUACAGUACCUGAUAUAAGUUGCUUUUGUCCGGAUGAAGAUGUACCUUUGCAAGCUAAUGGGACAAUGGAUGUUUUUGAGGGUGAAGAAACAGAACGCGAAGGUUCCUCGGGAGAGUACAUACGACGGUGA